AUGCCUGGACUGGACAAAGGAUUGGUGGAGCACAAGUUGCCAAUAAAAGAAGAAUACCUACCAGUCAAGCAGGCUAGAAAAAGAAUGUCCAUGGAGACAGAAUUAAAAGUCAAAGAGGAAAUAGAGAGACUAAUUAAACAGAGAAAGACAGGAGCAAUCAGAGUUUGCGUGGACUACCGGAAUUUGAACGAGGCAUCUCCCAAGGAUGAGUACCCCAUGCCAAUGACAGAUUUGUUGGUAGAUGGAGCUGCUCAUAACCAAAUGCUAUCAUUCAUGGAUGGUAAUGCUGACUAUAAUCAAAUAAUGGUGCUGAAAGAGGACAUCCACAAAACUGCUUUCAUGUGUCCGGGACAUAUAGGCACUUUUGAAUAUGUUAUGAUGCCUUUUAGUUUGAGAAAUGCAGGGGCUACCUAUCAAAGAGCAAUGUAUUCCAUGACAUGA